GCCUGGGCGACAAAGCAAGACUCAGUAUCCAAAAACAAAGAAAGAAAGAAAGGGCCCUUGUGAAUCAUCUUCAAGUCCCUCCCUUCCAAGAACAGAGAUGCUAGGCGACUUGCCCAGAGGCACACAACCAGCAUGUAGCAGGAUUCAUGCCUAUGGGAGCUGGGGUUGGGGGAUAUUGACAGCUUUAGCGGAUCAAAAGUGCGGGUGAGUAAGGCUAUGCAAUCUGGGGGUCAUCCUGUGAGAGAGCCCCCAGACUGCUCAGUUCUUAGGGGUCCAGUCAUAUGCUGUCUUUUUGCCCCAGAGGAGAAAUGUCUGAAGUAAGACCUAUCUCCAGAGACAUCCUGAUGGAGACCCUCCUGUAUGAGCAGCUCCUGGAACCCCCGACCAUGGAGGUUCUUGGCGUGACUGACUCUGAAGAGGACCUGGACCCUAUGGAGGACUUCAGUCCUUUGGAGUGCAUGGAGGGCAGUGACGCGUUGGCCUUGCGGCUGGCCUGCAUCGGGGACGAGAUGGACGUGAGCCUCAGGGCCCCGCGCCGGGCCCAGAUCCCCGAGGUGGCCAUGCACAGCCUGGGUCUGGCUUUCAUCUACGACCAGACUGAGGACAUCAGGGAUGUUCUUAGAAGUUUCACGGACGGUUUCACCACCCUUAAGGAAAACAUAAUGAGGUUCUGGAGCUCCCUGAACCCCGGGUCCUGGGUGUCCCGCGAACAGGUGCUGCUGGCGCUGCUGCUGUUGCUGCUCAGCGGGGGCCUGCACCUGCUGCUCAAGUGAGGCCCCGGCGUCUCAGGGCGGGGCUGGCCCCACCCCCGUGACUGCUGCCCUGGAGGUGGCGGCCUGCUGCUGUUGUCUUUUUAACUGUUUUCUCAUGAUGCCUUUUUAUAUUUAAACUCUGAGAUAGUGCUGGAACACUGCUGAGGUUUUAUACUCAGGUUUUUGGGGUUUUUUUUUAUUCCAGUUUUCGUUUUUUCUAAGAGAUGAAUUCCUAUGGCUCUGAAAUUGUUGCCUGUUAACUAUGGCCUGUGCCCAGGAAGAGCCAUUCACUCCUGCCCCUUCCCACACGGCAGGUAGCAGGGGGAGUGCUGGUCACACCCCUGUGUGAUGUGUGAUGCCCUGGGCAAAGAAUCUACUGGAAUAGAUUCCGAGGAGCAGGAGUGCUCAAUAAAAUGUUGGUUUCCA